UGUUGGAGCGGAAGAAAGGCACCUGGGUCGUGCAGCCAAGCUGAAGCACAACACCUUUCCGAUCGAAAGGGCACGGCCGUCUCCCCGCGGGGGCGCGGCGCGGCGCGGCACCCCGCCCGACAGAGUCACGUGAGGUGGGCACCCGCAUGCCGGGCAGGCCCGGGGUUUUCACACGCACGCCUGGCGCCUUUCCCCGCUCGGCCGCUCGGGCUGGGGCGCCCGGGCCCGUGGGGAGGGCAGCACGUGAUCGGCAUGGCGUGCGAGCCGAGCGGCAGGCGCCCGGAGCCCGUCGGCUGAAGAGUGGCGGCGAUCGCAUCGCGCCGAGGUGGAAGAGCACAGGAAGGGAGAGAAGCUUCGUAAACUUGCGUUUUAAGAUGGCAUUGGUGAACCUCAGCAACUUCUGGCUGGUGGAUAAUGAAACAAGGAAAACUGCUAAAUACACACUUUUUCUGGCAAGUGGUGUUCGGUGGUAUCUUAUGGGCCUCUCUUGACGACAGUUUUGGAUAUCUUGUACUCGUUUCCUCUCUCUCACUUUCUCUCUUUGAUUUUUAACCUUAAAAGAACAUGGAGAAACAGCAGCCAGAACACACAGAACAAGAGAGUAAUGCCCCAGCAAACUCUGGCACACCUGCUGCAUACUUUGUCCUUGUUAAGAAGGCCGGUGGCAGUAGUGGUACUGAACGCAGCAUGGUCGUGGCAAAGCAAGAACUUGGGGGUAUUGGUUGCCUUCUGGAAAAAAGUAACAGAUUGAUGCCAGGGACAGCCAGUCAUCCAUUUGAGUGCCAUUCUGGGAAUGUUUGUGUCACUUUAGAGAACCAGGAAAUGUGGAAUCAAUUUUACAAGCAUGGCACAGAGAUGGUUCUAACAAAACGUGGCCGGCGCAUGUUCCCCUACUGCAGAUUCUGCCUUUUGGGCCUAGAUCCUUUGAAGAAGUACAUCUUGGUAAUGGAUAUUGCUCCUGUUGACAACCAGCGCUACAAAUGGAAUGGUCAGUGGUGGGAACUAAAUGGUAAAGCAGAACCUCAUGUUCUUGGAAGGGUGUACAUUCAUCCCAAUUCACCUUCCAGUGGGAGCUACUGGAUGAGGCAACCCAUAUCCUUUCAUAAAUUGAAACUUACCAAUAAUACUUUAGAUCAAGAAGGUCACAUCAUCCUUCAUUCCAUGCACCGGUACCUGCCACGUUUGCAUAUCAUCUCUGCUGACAAGUCAACUGAUGUAAUUUCCCUCAGUGGCCCAAAUGUGCACACCUUCACUUUUCCACAGACGGAGUUUGUGGCUGUAACUGCUUAUCAGAACAUGAGGAUCACUCAGUUGAAAAUUGACUUCAAUCCAUUUGCAAAGGGUUUUCGGGAUGAAGGGCUGAACAGUAGGCCAAUGCGAGAGCUGAGGCACCAAGGCAGUGAAUUGAUGGAUGCUGAUUGCAGUGAUGAUUCUGCCUCAUGCAGCAGUGUUGCAACUGAAUCCAGUGAGCAUUUAAGAUUCAAAACUGAGGAAGAGUCUGAACACAGAAAAAAGCAAGGUAAUACCCAUACAUUUCCAAACUCCAGUUUGGAUGGUGGUUUAUCUAACACUGAGGAUGAAGAUUUCCUGGAAGAAGACAUGCCAAAAAUAAACAAUCCUUGUGGAGAAAAAAGUAACAUGAAAAAGAGAUCAACUGAGAGCAUCUUGAAAUGUCUCCCUAAUAUUUAUUCAACAUCGUCUGAAGACCAUGAAGAGCCUUUUAAUAUUAUUGUCAAGGAAGAACCUCCAGAUGACUAUGAAUACAAUUGUGCAGCAAACUCAGUGGACCUUGAUUGCGGUGGAUUAAAAUGUAAAGAGGAGGAGGAAUAUUUAGAUUCAGAGGAACAGCAUGACAAGACUAAUUAUGAAUUAAUUAAUAAAACUAUUGACAAAACUGAAGUGGGUGCAACUUCACCUGCAGUUAGUAAGCAGCCACUGAAACUUCCAACAGAAGUAGCACCUAAAGCUAAAAUGCUGCAACUGCAAAGCAUUAAAGUGCCUGUAGUUUGCUUGGAACCAUGUUUUAUUCCAAAAGGUACCAUAAAAAUAUCUGAAAUACCACAAAAGCUGUUGUCUCCUUGUCGGAGAAGUGGAGGGCCUCUGCCUACCAUUGUCCAUUCUGCAGUUUCAGCAGAAAAGCAUACUUGCUCACCGAGCUCUGCUGAAAAACCUCAAGUGAAGAACGUGGAUUCAACAUCAGAAUGCUCAAGACACAAAGAGAGAAGCCUUGCAUCAGAAAUAACUGAAAAUAAAACCCACAUCUCUACAGUUGAAAAUAUUCCAACUGCUUCACAUAGUACACCCUCUGGGAAGUCGUCUGGAGAAGGCUUCAGAUUUCGUAAGAUUAAAUUUACUGAAAAAGCACGAAAUUCCACCCUUUGGAUGUCUUCAACCAGAGCAUAUCUUAAUUCUACUGAGGACCCUCCUGUGUUAUCCAAUUGCUUUAAGUCUGCACGUUUGUCUGGUAAGGCAUUCAGUUCUGGGAUCUGGAGACCUCCAGAUGGUAGGACUUGCUGUACAGGGGAAACCUCUAUGCCUCGCACCAAUUGGAAAUCUUCAGCUAUGUCGACACGACAAGCCAUAGCGGGUGCUUGCAGACGAAGACGGACAAAAAAGCUGCGGCUGUCUGCGAAAUCUUCCCGUUCUGUCUUGGGAAUGAGUUCUUUGGCAUCCUCUAAACAUCUGGAACGGGAAAAAACAUUUCAGGAUGCCAGUCCCGAUCUGGAUGAUGUGGAAGGUGUUACCUUUGUGUCAUAUGCAUCUCAGGAUGCCCUACAAUCCCACCUGGUUGAAAAGAUGCCAGAAGACCAGAGCAGCUCCAUCUAUCCGAUAGCAGAUCCUCAAGAAACUGAAGAAGAGAAAAUUGAACGGCUGGAAGAGCAGCUGCUUGAGAAUUUGGCUCAUUUAAAUCCCAGAGUUAUUAUGCAUCCAUUACUUGAACAAGCUGGUCUUAAGCCAAGUUCCUUGCUGUCAACAGGCGGUCUGAACCUAAAACACUUAGGAGUGGUAAUAUCACCCUCAGCAUCAAUUAUUAGAACUGCUCAGAGAGACAUCUUGAAACCUUCUCCAAUCAAAGAAGUCCGUGAUCCUUCAGAAGAAGUUUCCUUUGUUUCAAGAACAGGAAAAACAAAUGACUUCACGAAGCUGAAGGGCUGGAAGCACAAGCUUGCACAACAGUCAGAGUCUUCACCCUCCAAGCAGGUUGAAGCAAGCACCAAUUUAGAGGCAUCCAUGAAAAAUCGAUCUGUUUUCUCAAGUGACAAAUUGGAUGAAUAUCUAGAAAAUGAGGAGAAAAUUAUUAAAGAGCGUGCUGCUCUGUGUGUGAACAAAAUGUCAAAAGUUGUUUAUGAAAUGCCUACCAAAAGUUCCAGUUACAUCCGUACAUUGGAUAGUGUUUUAAAACACCGGGCAACACAAGCCAACACUAGAGAGUCUCCCUCAUCCUGUCGAACUUCAGUUUCUCCACAAUCCAUUCCUGCUGGCUCUGUUUCCAAAAGCAAGAAGCAGAGUGGGACGAUCGUAGAACAUGACUCGGCCAGUAAGGCGCAGAAGUCUGUAAACAGUGCAAAAGUGGUCUCGACACCAGCUAAAUCACCAGCUAAAAGCUCCCGUUUGCAGUUCUCUUCUUCAGCCAGGAGACUUCCUGGUAUAUCUAAAAAACAGAUGAAGUUGAUGCAUCUGGAGAAUAGUGCCCUCUGGUCUGGGAAGCCAAGGACUUACAUUACAGAGGAGCGAGCAGAGGCAUCCCUUGUUACUCUGUUAACAGCACAGGGUUCACUGUCAUCAAGGAAACGUAAAAUGGUAUCUAGACAACUGCCAAUGUGUAAGAAUGAGUUCUGUCGUUUGGGCUGCAUAUGUUCCAGUCUCUCGCAUGUGAAACAGCCGCCCAAACAUUGCCGCAAACCAAAGUGCAUGCUGACUUGUAAAUGUCCAAAGCAGAAGGUGCUGGUGCUAAAGUCAUUUGCGAGACGUAAAAAGCAGAUGAAUAAAGCCCUCAGAGAAGAUUUAAUAUUCUAUGAUGCAUUGGCAGAAGAUGAAGAUUGGAAACCAAGAGCCAAAAAGAGGAAAAGGAAGAAGAUGGUUCGAUAUGCAAUUCCUGCACGAGAACAACCUAUACGUUCUUAUCCUAUGUGGGUUCGCGAGGAGGGAGAAGUAGACCCUGAGCCAGUCUAUACUGCACCUCACAUAGAAUCUUGUCAUGCAGAUAAAACUCUGUCAUUGCCAGAAGAGUCAACUCCUGCAAGUUCACCAAAACUCUCUGAGGUUGAUGAGAAGGGUCCUGUGUACUGGUAUUUUGAGAGUAUGAUGACCUGUGCACGUGUUCGUGUCUUUGAACGCAAGGAUGCUGGGAAGUCAUUAACCUGCACUUGCAGUCCUACACAAUGCUGUAAAGAGGGAAACAGUAAAGUAGAUAACAAUUCGGCAGUUGCAGCAUGCAAGUUAAAGUGCUGCAGUGACUGUAAACCCAGCAAAGAAUCAGAUCCUGAGAAAAUGGAUGGUUUGGAGGACAGCUCAACAUCACCGAAUGGUGUUCAGAAGUGCGAAUGGAAGACAAAAGAGAAGACAGAUUCACCUUUACGCUGUAACAGUCCUCAAGGAGAAAGUUCCUGCUUUGAUCCAAAAGAACCACCAUCAACAGGGCAGAUAAAAAAUACAUCCAAACUCAUUGAGAUUAUUUCGGAUUGUAACUGGGAAUCAGAACGCACAAAUAUUCUUGAAGUUCUUGCUCGAUAUACUGCUAAUAAGGGAAUUUCGGAGAAAAUACGAAUUGGCAAUUUCCUUGUUGAAAUUGCUUCAAAUCGUGGAAAAGGUCUAGAUGCUCCACCUGGAAAUACACACAUUUCUAGUUCUAUAGUAAAGAUUACUCAGCCUGCUGAUAAAGAGGAAGAUGUCAAAAACUCGGGUUGCAAUACAUCUGUUCAAACUGCUUCCAAAUCUUCUGGACUGAAGCUGACUGACUUAAGACCAAUUGCACCAAAAGAAAAAUUACGAAUACCUGCCAACAGUACUUUGGGGAGCAAGGAGAUAACCAUAAUUCAAUUAGGCUCGACAGUGGCUAGCCAGCAGAAGGCUGCUUCUGAUACAACUGCUCGGAAAAAUGGUUUGAUGCAGUUUACCAGAAGUACCAGUGGUGAUACAAAGCUGACUCUAGGACAGGUUGGAGCUCUUCAUCCAGUGAAUUGGGUGAUAGCUAACCUCAAAAAGAAUGUAAAAUCAGCUGAACCAGUCAAAUGGUUCACUUCUAGUAUGGCUGCCUCAUCAAUCUCUGCUGAUUUACCCUCAAAACACACAACUUCUUGUACUACAGACCCUGCCAGUGAAGUUUCAAGAGAUGACACUAAUGCUGUGCCUUCUGACCAGGCCAAAGGGAACUAUACUGCUCCUGACAACUACACUCAUCUCGUAAUAAAUAAAGUUGGAGAUGUGGGGAAAACGAAAUCAUGUUUCAGUUCAUUGGAACCCGUGUCCAGUAACCAGCAGCUUGGUACUCUAUUAUGCAGAGUCAACAUGAAUGCAACAACAGGUAUUCCCGCAUUAAUAACUGGUACAUCAGAAAAGAGCACUUCAGUUGAUGCAGUAAGCACAAAUGCUGGAUCCCAUUUAUUAAAGAGCUUUGAGACUACAAAUGCAGACGAGUCACAAUUCUAUGGAAUCCCAGAAACAAUAAGAAUUGGAGAAGAGAGUAUUGUAACUGCUAGCACAGUUGAAACUCCAGCAAAAAGUUCUACUCUUGCUGUUAUAUCUGCAAGUGUUUUAGGAGUGAGAACAACACAAACAAUAACAAAAUUGAUUCUCCCCAGUGCUUCUACCUCAGCUGUUACUCCUGUAACAAAUACAACGAUUCUCUCAAUGGCAGACGACUCUCCAGGGUUAUCUAAACAUCCUGAAACAUCCAACUCUACCCCUGAUUUGCCUAAAGCUACAAAAACUGAAGAAUCGCAGCUCAUUUCGUUACCAGUGCAGUCUGGCCUUCCUGUCCGGCCUGUCCAGAACCUGCAGCUCACACCUGGGCAGAAGGUGAUACUGCAGCCCCUCAGAUAUCCAGUUGGGAAACUCUUCCAACACCCAAAUGGCCAGAUUAUCCAACUUGUACCUUUGGCAAAUUCUGGUACAGUAACUCAACCAAAUCUCCACCAAAUGAUCACACUUGCUGUUCGGAAUCCAGGCUCAGUGAGUGGAAUCUGCUUACCUACCCCUUCACAAUCUUCUUCAGCUGUACCUCCCAUUCUGCAUCCUGUAUCAGGAAUACCAACAAGAGGAAAGCCACACUCUGUUCCUGUUAAAAAAUAUAUCCGUGUCCCAUUGAAGCAGAUCUCCACUAUUCAGUCCAUUUCCUCAAAUGUAUUUGAGGUUCCAGUAGCGACCACAUCACCGGCAAAGCUUGUAACUGUUAAUGAUCUUGGUCAAACUAUCAAUACAAGGCAUCUUAUUCCCCUUCAGCCAAUGGGACUUGCUCUGUUGCAGCUGCCUCCUGGGCAGAAAAAUGUGCCAAGUGCCAUUAUAACUACUGAAUGGCCAUUGAAGUUCAUGAAUCCACCAUCGAAGUCGAAGUCACCUGAAAAAGCAGGCUCCAAGAUCACCAACCAGGAUGGCAAUUUGGAAGAACAGUUGAUCGAACCUGAGGAGAUUCAUGUUGCAGACUCUGACCUUAUUGAAACUACAGUGUCUGAAGGUGUACCAGACGAGGACCUUGUGAAUACCUACCCACUGACAGAAGUUAAACAGGGGACCGAGUGUGAUGUACUUCCUUCGACACCUUCAGUCAGUGAGGUGGAUAAUGAGUUGGAAGAUGAUUCUACAGACCAUCGAAAUGCAUUAAAACACAUUAUCCCAGCAGAGCUGGUUGACCAUUCAUAUACUAGUGAAAAGAAGAUUAUGAGAAAAGGUAGAAAUAAAAAGUCUUUACAGAAGGAGUCUGUAACAACUGAAAAAAGUGAUGAUAAAGAUACUUCAGAAUCUUGCCAUGAAGUGGUUGAUAAGGAGCCAGAUGAAAGAGCCAACCGGGAGGUGAAAAAUGGGGUGCAAGAUGAACAAAUGGAAGUGGAGACAGAAGUAAAGGAAAGUUGGUAUGAAACAACUCCAUUUAAAAGGGAAGAGGAUACCCUAAAAGAUGAAGAAAAUGAUGAAAUAAACUUUGAUCCAACUUUGCUGCAAUAUGCAGACAUUCAUACAGAAUCUGAUAAAGAUACAGACUCUCAGAGUGACCUGGAGGAUGGUGACAUUCAAACUGAUGCAGAUGAAAUUGAUGUUGAGAAAAUGUUUGAUUCAACUUCCAGUGAAGAGGCAGUGGACAUUGAGACUGUGGAGGAACUCUCCGAGAAAAUCAACAUUGCUCGCCUUAUUGCUUCUGCCUCCCACCACCAUACAAGGAAAACAAAAUGCCAUUUCCACAACCCAUACCUUACAAGAAAAUCCAAAGAGGAGUACACCAAACCCAAGCUAAAAUCCACUGCACAUAUCAGUAAGGAAGCCAAAGCUCAGCUGGAUGCCCUGGUAUUAUAUCGAACUACACACACAGUUAACGAGCGGCGGAGGCGUUCUAAAAUUCGAGACCUCUUUGAAAGGCUGAAGAAAGUGUUGGGACUUCGUAGGGAGGAGAGGGCUUCAAAAUACUUAAUCCUGAAAAAGGCGUUUUCAGAAAUCCAGAAUGCGCAGGAUUAUUUUGAUUGUUUGUCAGCUGAGAAAAGUAUCCAAACUCGCAGAAGGGAUUCACUUAUUCGCAAAGUCUCUCAACUGACAGGGAAGACUGACGAAGUUAUUUUAAAGAAACUGGAAUAUAUUUGUGCAAAACAGAGGGCACUUGAUGCUGAGAAGAAAAAGCUUGCACAGAAAGCAGAUGACACAAGAAAAAAGCGCUCCAAAGGUUGGAAUGCAGGACUUAAUUCAUCAGUGGACUCUUUCCAGAAGGUGGCCAUGGAUUUGCGGAACCAGAAGCCACCCAAUGUCCUUAUGCAAACUAGUGAACAGGAGAGGCCCAAAACUGGUACUAGAAAACCUCUUAUUCUCACCAGGAAACGGUCAUCAGCAGCUUUGUAUUCUUCAACCACUUCCAACCCCACGGGUGGGAAUUUGCUGAUGACUCCACAGGGUCAGGUUCUGACUUUAAAGGGCCCUCUUAUUUCUGGCCAGACUUCAUUCUUUACUGCUGAGGGACUUCUUAGUGGAAGCCAGUCCAAGGGAGAUGAUGCUACUGGAACAAGUAUUGCAGGCAUUGCUUCAGUUACUGUACAACUGCAGGGGUUGCCAGUUCCACUUCAGGUCAACAAUUUUGCUAUUGCGGGAUCACUCAGUUCUGGCCAGUCAGCAUCUGCACAGUUGAGCACCAAACCAGGGAUGGAGGCUGUAAGCUCCGAUUCAGCAGAUAUGAGGCAAGGGAACAAUGCCAAAUCGAAAGCUCCAGCAGGUUCAGUUGGUGAUGAAGCCUCUUCAUUCAUGAUGCCAAGAAUAGUGAAUGUAACCUCGUUGGCAACUGGGGAAGCCCCACUGAUGAAUGUAGAGAACAUGAAUAAUUCCCUUGCACUUGAUACUCAGCCUCUUGACUUCAGCAUAAAAGGGAGGAAACGACGUAUAUUGCAGGAACGGCUAAGUUUUACAACCAGUAAAAUACCAAGUUUGUCCAUUGUGAAGAACAGCUUUCAUCCAGCUGGGAAGUCUACUGUACCUGAUGAAAGUGAGGUCACGUCAUGCCCUUUUUCAUCUGAGGCUGAAGAAUCUGAGUGUGUCCAAACACAGCAGAUUGUAGCAUCUCGUUCACUGGAUGCUGACAAUAUCAGUGAGUUGCCCAAAGCGCUGGAUUUGUCCAGCUUGUCUGACGGAACUGCAGUGUCUUGUACAGGGCAGUCUUGGACUCAGGAAGCAGCCCCAGGUGAGUCGUCGACAGUAACUGAAAUAAUGCUCGGAGAUAAAUUGGAACUGCAGGUGAUAGGUGGCCGAAUGCAGACAUGCAGCAUAGAUAAGGCUGGGCAGAGUGACAGAGAGGCAGAACUGUCCUCGUCUCAGCUCCUUGAACCAUUACUGAAAGCAAAUGGCACAGCAGCUGGUGACAUGGUGGAUACUGAGGGAUAUGAGCCGUUCACUUCUCUUUUAAAUGAACUUGCGUUUUUAAAUCAGCAGUUCUCCGAUGAAGAAAAUCCAGAUGUCUCUUCUGUGUCGGACCACAAUGCAUUGGGCUUUAUUGACAGUGGAAACCAAGGGGACAGCAUGGAUGAAUUGUCGUUGAUCCAUGGACCGGUAUUAGUGGAUAUUGACAGUACUGAUGGAACCACUGAACUAAAGCAGGUGGCAGGGAGGGAGAGUGGUUGCUCCAACAGUCCACUGGUGUUGCAGCUGGAAGAAGACGACUUGAAUGUUGAGCAGUUACUUGGCAAUGAAAUGCCUGUGGACUCUCAGACUGAAUUGGAUAAUGGCACACUGGACUUGGAGGGCAACUCUAUUAGUGGUUCAAGCAGUUCAGUAAAUAUUUCCCCUCCCCCACUCAUCCAUAUGAAAGCAACCACCUCUUCAGCAAACACAGGGAUAUCAAGUUCUUUGGAUAUGCUUUGGAGACCAAUGCCUAAGCUGGCACCCCUUGGCUUAGCUUGGGGAGCUGGGAAAGCUGUAUCAUCAGUACAGGUUGAGUCAAGGUCUGAGGAUUCUCCAGAAACUAACAAACCAAUGCCUGCUUUGGCACGGAUCUCUUCCCCACAACAAGACAGCACGGAGGGUCCAGAGUUUGCCUCAGGAGAACACUAGUACAUUUUUUUGCUUCUUAUCAUCUCAUAAUUUUAAAAAUCUCUCCAGUGGGGAGCUGAAAUAUGAAAUUAAGCUUUCUUUGGAGGUCCAUGGUGAUCAUGCACAGUGUUACUAAAAUAAUGAAUUCAGUUUUGGUUAAUGGAACUCGUACAGUUUCUGGCUUUUGUCCAUCAUGAAGUUGCACAGAUCAUGGCAAAACACUGUAGCGCUAUAAUUUCUAGAUAUUCUUAGCUAGAUCUUGCCUAGUGGAAUCUUCCAUUUUAAUAAUUUCAGGAUCUUGUGCAGUUUUCAGCCAGACCACCUUAAGCAUGAAGAUUCCAAGCGUAACUUUUUGGGAAGGUAUAUGUAACUUGUAUAAAUGAAAUUUUGAGCUUUGCUUUCCAGAGCAAUCAUUGAACUGUAGUACAAAAUGUCCUUUUCUGUGUUUUGGUAACCUAUUCUCCUGAAUGACUGAACGGUUAGUGUGUUUUAAAUGCACCAAACCUACCUUUUGAAUUUCUUAGUUUUGGAAGAGAUGAGAUUUAAAUAGUGUACUGUCCUAAAAGUAAUGAAAAUGAAUUAUGUUGUGCAGCACAAAUUAGAGGGACAAAAUCUAAUGUCUGGUGUGUAUUAAAAGAUGUGUAAAUACUAUAUUUCACUAUGGUUUUUAAAAUAUGUAGCAGAGACUUAAGUUUUUUUUUGUUUUGUCAAGAUCUCACUAUUUUUUUAGAUAAUUCAUACUGCAUACACAGCCCUCAUUAGAACCUCCUGUGAUAAGAGGGCAUGUGUGGCCUUGCAAUAAAACUGGUAAAAUCAAUACUUUGUGUUACAGUCAUUUUACACAUUAUUGUUCUUUAUCAGGUGCUGUAGUGAAGGGAGUCAUCAGACAAAGAAUUGCUUAAUUGCCU